AUGAAAACUUCAAUAUUUUUCGGAUUUUUAUUGUUCGCAAUUUCAAUUAUUAGAGUAUUUGGUCAAGCUGAAGAUACUUCAAAACCAAGUUGUAAACCAAAAAAAUCCAACAUCACAUAUGAAGAUGCGCUUUUUGUGUUUGUUAUGGAUCAUCAUAACGACGAAUCAAUUGUGAGUAGAAAAACACAUUUAAAAUUUUAAAAUUGGUUGCAAUUUUCAGAAAAACAAAUGGCGCUACGUUUUCAAACAAAUCGCCUGCGAAAUUCCGACAUCUGAAAACCUUCAGACAUCUAUUUUAUAUUAUGGGCAAAAUGCACCAAAAGCAGUUGAAGCUGGAGAUUUCGUAAAAAGUUCGGAAGCUGCGACAAAACUUGAAGCCUCGUAUAAUGCAAGUAAGGAACAUUUUUGAGUUUUCAAAAUACUUUUCCUGUUUUCAGCUGGGUUGAACGUGCAACCGUGUGAAAGAAUCGAAAAACAUCUCAAAAAUUUCGACAAUAAUCCAAUGGUCUCAAAUCGCACCAAUAUCAAAUAUAUCAUGUUUUUCACAACGGAAAAUUUUUGUCCGAAUUUGGUGGUCGAUAAAAGUAAAAUCUACAUCAUUUUUUAUCGUAUUUCGAGUCAAGAUUUCUAUAUUUUUGAUACGAAAGGAGCUGCGAAAAUCAAUCAAACUGGUAAUUUCGUUUUUAACAAAAAAAAUCACUUAUUUCCUUGCAGAUGCAAAUUCGAAGAAACUUAAAGAAAUGGCGAGAAGAAUGUGAGCUUAUUUUUCAAAACUACGAUGCUCCGCAUUUACACUGCAGAAAACCCAUGUCAACGCGGAGCAUCGUUGUUAAUGUAAAAAUUUCAGAGUUUCCAAAAAUCUCAUCAUACCACCUGCAAAGGCUCAAAACAAAAAAUCUGAAAGUGGAUUCGGAAUGAUUGAGGCGAUUUUGUUAGCUGCCGUUGUCAUCAUAGUGAUUUUAUUGGUUGCUGCCAGUAUUUUGUACAUUAUUAAGAUACGCGGAAUAUCGAAGCAAAUGAAAGAAGCAUAA